AUGGAUAUUGAUGAACAAUUAAGAUACUUGGCUCUAAAAGAAAUGUGUGUGGUUGAAAUAAAGGAUCAUAUUACUAAUUUGAACAAUAAAUUGAAUGAACAUCAAAAGGAAUUACAUCAUCUCAGGGAGAUUAUUCAACGUUCAUUAUACAAGGAGUUGUCCACCGGUAAUUCACUAGCAAAGGCAACAGAAACAAGACCACGACAGAAUAGUAAUCCUCGUGAUGAAGCUAUUGCCAGGACAAGAAGAAGGAGGUCAUCUUUAUUUAAUGAUCAUCACAAUAAGGAUUUUGUUACUCCACCUAUAAAUGAUACUACUACUAAUAAUACUACUCCAGCGACAGUAACAACAACAGCUAAUCCAGAAUCGACAUCAAGAAUUUGGAGUGGAUUAAGUAAACCAUUGAAUUUGAUUCAACAAUUCGAUACACUUAUACAGAAUGAAUUUGAAAAAUCAUUAUUAAGUGAAAAGGACCAACAAGUCCAUAAUGAUCAAUCAAGAAAACUUGAAAAGCAAAUCUCACACCAAUCAAAAUCAUCAGAGGGGUCUAUUUCAAGUAUUGGAUCAAUAAAUUCACCAUUACAAUCCAAAUCAGUUAAUCCUAGACCAAUACCUAUGCCAAAACCGUAUCACAACAAACCAAGUAAAUCAGAUGAUAUGAUGCAAAGUGUCUCUUCUUCACUUUGGUCAUUUGUCAAUGACGUCAAGGCUAAUGUGUUGUCAUCAUUACAAGAAGAUGAACGUGAAAGGAAAAUUUCAGGACAGAAUCCACCAGCAAGGAUGUAUAAUCUAGAUACGGGUUCUACAGUUGACAUACUGCAGACUUCAAUUGCUGUAGAAGAUGAUGAAUCGGAGACAGAGUUAUUGGAACCAUUAGCCAGUGAUGAAGAAGAUAACGUGAUAGAAACAUUAGAUUUAUCAAUGUAUAAACGAUAA